AUGCCUUCGUUUUUGGGUUCGAUUUUGCUCGGGUUUGGUUUCGGUGUGGUGGCUGUUGUUGCCGUUCAAGCUCUGGCACUGUUAUGGAUCAUCAAACGGUUACGCCGCAGCGAUGAGCUUCAUGUCGAACAAGCUCAACUGGAAACUGAAUCAAACCAGCUUGAUCAUCAACAAUCUCUGCAUUUUGCGUCUCACAAGCAGGGUGUGGUCUGGGUCCUUGAAUCUGGAAAAAUUCCAAAAGAACCAAAAAGGAAAGGGUUAUUGGAGGUUUCACCUAUUAAAUUGUAUGGAACAAUCAAGGGUGAGUCACUUAUUCUAAGAAAACCUGAUGGUUUGCAGUCCCACUCAACAAUUGAACUCAAGAGUUGUACAGUUCAAGCCGUGUCAGCUUCAAACCUUUCUUCAAAAAAAUGGGCAAAAAAGUUUCCCAUCAAAGUGGAAAACAAGACCUCAGCAAUAUACAAUGGAAGUAAAACUCUAUAUUUGUAUCUGGAAACUUCAUGGGAAAAAGAAGCAUGGUUAGGAUUAAGUGUUGAGGCAAUAGAAAGGGAUAUAAAGCCUGACGAUCCUUCCUCAAAAGUUCGUCAGUUUUUGAAAAAGAUCGCUAAAAAAACUUCCCGAGUAGGUUUGGAAAAUAAAUCUACAUGGACUUCAUUGUCCGGCCAUGAAGGAAAAAAGAGCACUGAGAACCAUUUUGCUAGCCAAGAUGCAGUUUUGGGAACUGAUUCAACAUCAAAGCAUCUUAAAAACUCUUUGGCAGACAAUGCUACCCCAUUAUCUUUGAAGUUACCGAAUUUGGGAAGUGAGAGUAUUCAUUCUGUCAGCUCCGAAAGGGAUGUUGGAAAGAAGUUUGAUAUUGAUGAGGGAACAUUAUGCUGGAAUUUAUUGAUUUCCCGACUCUUUUUUGAUGUCAAAGGCAGCAUGCAGUUGAAGAGAUCUUUGCAAGAAAGGAUUCAGAGAACAUUGUCAAAUAUGAGGACUCCCAGUUAUAUUGGUGAAAUCAUCUGCACUGAUAUCAAUACUGGGAAUGUUCCACCUUGUAUUGUAGGAAUGAGGGUUCUUCCUAUGGAAAUGAGUGAGGUUUGGGCCUUAGAAGUUGACAUUGAAUAUUCUGGAGGAGCAGUAUUAGAGAUUGAAACAAGGCUUGAACCUUGUGAACUUGAGCUCCAAACAAAGUCAGAAGACUCAAAUUCGGAGCCAAGCAAUGAUGGAGCUGUCCCAUCAGAUCUUCUUGAAGGUUUUGAAUAUUUAGAAAAGCAAUUGAAACUUGAAGGAAGAGAUAAUGAUUUUCAAGAGCAAAAGGAAGAUCGUAACCGGAACAACGCAGAUGCAUCAAAGAGCUUUAAGAGCACAAUUUCUUCCUCAAAUGAUGAACCACGAUGGAAAUCAGUGUUAAAUUCUGUUGCCAAACAAGUUUCACAGGUUCCUCUCUCUUUGGCAAUAAAAGUAGCAUCCCUAAAAGGGACACUGCGUUUGCAUAUAAAACCACCUCCCUCUGAUCAACUGUGGUAUGGUUUCACAUCAAUGCCAGACAUAGAUUUCAACUUGGAGUCUUCUGUUGGAGAAAACAAGAUAACUACUGGGUACUUCUCUUCGUUAGUAGUCAAUAGGCUAAAGAGAGCAGUUUUGGAAAAUAUAGUUCUCCCAAAUUGUGAAAACAUAUGUAUCCCAUGGAUGUUAGCAGAAAAGGAAGAUUGGGUUCCUUCAAAUGUUGCUCCAUUCAUAUGGAUUAACCAAGAAUCUAGGAAUGAGAAUUCCACUUCAAUUAAUACCAAUAAGCAAUCUUCUGGUGGAGUGGAAGCUAGGUCAAAAGCUAGUGCAAGCACCUCAACUAAUGGUCAAGCGAGCAAACAACAAAAACCGAAGAAGAGUGUCGAAUCUAGUCAAGAACCAACUUGUAAAUCAUCAGAUUCUUUAGCACUUCCAACAACUUCUUCUGGUUCACAAACUCUGGAGAACAGCAACCGCUUGGAAGAAUUGACAAUACCUUUAUUAGAGAAUGAACAACCACAAGAUACUAGGGGUUUGAAAGAACCUUCAUUAAAGAAUGACGAUCAACUCGAAACUAGUGAAAACAAGAUGGAAAAUAAUUCAGAAAUCCUCUCACCACAUGGAAGUAUGGUGGUGGUGGAGAAACAAAAUUAUACCUUUAACCAUGAAGAUGGACUUCCAAAGAAAAUGGGGAGAAAGGAAAGGAUGUUAGGUUUGGGGAAGAAAAUGGGGGAGAAGUUGGAAGAGAAAAGACGUCAUAUUGAAGAAAAGAGCAGGCACAUUGUUGAGAAGAUGCGAGGACCAUGA